AUGGCUCUCGCAACAAGUGCCGCCAUCGCAGCUGGCGGACUCGCCGUCGCAACAUACCUCAAUGGCAAAUUCCACAUCCAGAAAGACCUUGAAGCAAUAGCGCGAAUGAAAAGAGGAGAAAAGAACUAUGCGCAAGCGGUAAAAGAUGACAAGGUCAAUCUAUACUACACUCUAGAAGAGACCUGCAAAAAGAGAUGGAACGAGGAAGCCAUCUGGUCUCGAGAGGGAACAUACACCUAUGGCGAGCUGUACGAACACACCCUGAAAUAUGCCCAAUACAUGAUCAACGAGGGCGUCCAGCCCAAAGAGCUCAUUGCCAUGUAUCUGACCAACUCGGCCCACUUCAUCUUCGUCUGGUUUGCCACCAUGGCCAUCGGGGCCGCGCCCGCUUUCAUCAACUAUAACCUCGAGGGCAAGGGCUUGCUUCACUGUCUUGAGGUUUGCGAAUCGCGUUUGCUUAUUGUAGAUGAAGAUAGUGCAUGUCAACAAAGGGUCAAUAACAGCCGGGCGGAGAUUGAAGCCAAGGGAAUGAAAAUCGUGGUGCUGGAUGAUUCGCUGAAAAGCCAGAUUAAUUCAUUACCGGCAGAUCGACCGGGUGACGAAUGGCGGAAUGGCACGCAAGGUGGCUUUCCUUGGACGCUGAUUUAUACAAGUGGCACGACAGGUCUUCCCAAAGGCUGUGCAUUCACCAUCCAACGGAUAUGGUCGAUUGGGGGCCACCGAGAGACGACAUGUGAUUCUGUGCCUGGUGUCGAUCGAUGGUACAACUCAAUGCCUCUUUAUCACGGUACCGGCGCCAUCUCAUCGGGUUGCUGUCUCUUGCAGGGGGUCAGCAUCGCCAUCGCACCCAAGUUCUCCGUCUCCAAGUUUUGGAACGACAUCCACGACUCCAAGUCGACUGGCUUCAUCUACGUCGGCGAGACGGCGCGAUACCUCUUGAAUGCCCCGCCUCAUCCCCUAGAGAAGAAGCAUCGCCUCCGCUUCGCCUACGGAAACGGUUUGCGGCCGGAUGUCUGGGAGAAGUUUCAAGCACGCUUCAACGUCGCCGAGAUUGGUGAAUUUUUCAAUUCCACCGAAGGAGUGUUUUCACUGUUCAACUAUGACAAAGGCCCGUUCUUAAAGGCUUGUGUUGGCCACCACGGCUUGUUGCUCCGAGCCGCUCUGCACAAGACAUACGUGCCGGUCAAGAUUGACCAUGAAACGGGCGACAUCUGGAGGGACCCGAAGACGGGAUUCGCCCAAAGGACGUCAUACGACGAAGGAGGCGAGAUGAUCGUGGCGAUCCCCAACAAGGCAGCCUUCCAAGGAUACUGGCGAGCGCAGGCCGCCACGGACAAGAAAUAUGUCAUGGACGUGUUCAAGAAGGGCGACAUCUACUACCGAUCCGGCGACGCGUUGCGGCGGGACGACGAAGGUCGCUGGCACUUCCUCGAUCGCCUGGGCGACACGUUCAGAUGGAAGUCGGAAAAUGUGUCGACGGCCGAGGUCGCUUUGACAAUUGGCCAGUUCCCCGGCAUCGCCGAGGCCAAUGUCUACGGUGUGCUGGUGCCAAACCACGAAGGCCGCGCAGGAUGUGCCGCCAUUGAUCUGGAUCCCAAUUACACCGGUCCUGCGGUGGAUUAUAACGAUCUACUUCAAUUUACUCGUUCUCGUCUCCCACGGUACGCCGUUCCGGUCUUCCUCCGGCUGGUCAAGGCGAGCACGCAUAUUCAUAAUCACAAGCAGAACAAGGUGCCCUUGCGGAAGGAAGGCGUGGAUCCAAAGUUGGUAGGGACCGAGGCACCCGAGGGAAAAGACGAUGUCUUCCUGUGGCUGCCACCCAAGUCGGAUCGUUAUAUUCCAUUCGAGGCCAAGGAUUGGGAAGCUCUCAGUCAAGCACAGGCUAGAUUAUAG